AUGAGUGUAGAACCAACUCUCUCCGUUUUCCAGCCCAACAUCUUCGAUGGCAAAGUAGCGUUCGUCACAGGUGGCGGGAGCGGGAUCUGUAAGGGGAUUACGGAGGCGUUGAUGAGGCAUGGAGCGAAAGCCGCGAUCUUCAGCCGAAGCUUGGAUAAGAUCCAGGAUGCGGCGAAAUCACUGUCGUCUGCCACUGGGAAAGAAUGCAUCGGCUUCGCAGGCGACGUCCGAUCCUACACCGACCUCGAAGCCGCGAUGAAGAAGGCGCGAGACCAUUACGGAAAAAUCGAUAUUGUCAUUUGCGGGGCGGCAGGGAACUUUUUAUCGCCGGCUGAGAAUUUGUCUGCUAAUGGGUUCAAGACGGUGGUAGAAAUCGAUCUCCUGGGCACUUUCAACACCGCGAAAGCCGCUCUGCCUUACUUGAAGGAAUCGCAGGGAUCGUUGUUGAGCAUCUCCGCGACCUUCCACUACAUGGGAUCGCCGCUGCAGGUGCACUGCGCGGCGGCCAAAGCUGGGGUGGAUGCGAUGACGAAGACGCUGGCGGUCGAGUGGGGCCAUUAUGGAAUCCGGGUUAAUGCUAUUGCGCCCGGGCCAAUCGCAGAAACAGUCGGCCUCCAGAAACUGACACCCAAGAACAUCGACUACUCCGACAGUCUCAUGCCCAUCCAGUCCGUGGGUAAGAUCAGGGAUAUCGAGCAUGCGUCUUUGUUCAUGCUGGGCCCUGGGGCACGGUUUAUUACGGGGCAUAUUUUGGUGGUGGAUGGGGGGCAUUGGUUGACGGGGAUGGGGACGGGGGCGCCGCCGGCUAUGUGGCGUAAUGCGGGGUCUGCUAAGCUGUAA